GAGCCGCCGACGGCCGGACCCCGCGCGCGCCUCGGCCACGCGCCACCACACCUUCGCGCGGACGAUAAAAAACCAGCCGCGUUUCAAACGAACCAACCUACCAACGCCGACGCGGCCACGUCCCCACCCAAAGAAAAAAGAGCAGCGGCCAGAGCCAUGGCGGCCACGAGCUCUGCCUCCGUGGCAGCAGCGCUCGCCUCCCACCCCUUCACCGCCUCCGCCUCCGCCUCCUCUUCCCGCGUCUCCGCCAGCGGCCACCGCGCCCCGAGGCCCUUCAGGGUCGCCACCAUCAGAUGCUCCAGCGCGUCGCCGAACCUGUCCCAGGGUGCUCCGGCGCCGGCGCCGCCCAAGCCCCAGAUCGAGCUCGAGUUCGUCGGGCCGAAGCCGGGUGCGGACGGCUCCUACCCGGUGGACCGGGCGGAGGCGGCGAGCGGCGAGAAGCUCCUCCGCGACGUCAUGAACGAGAACAAGAUCGAGCUCUACGCCGCAUACGGUAAGGUGAUGAACUGCGGCGGCGGCGGAAGCUGCGGCACUUGCAUCGUCGAGAUCCUCGAUGGAAAGGAGCUCCUAAAUGAAAGGACGAACACCGAGAACCGGUACCUGAAGAAGAAACCGGAGUCAUGGAGGCUAGCUUGUCAGACUAUUGUAGGCAACAAAGAGAACUCCGGCAAGGUUGUGGUCCAACGGCUGCCCCAGUGGAAGAAAUGAUUGUGCGGCACCACACUACUCGAUGUACUGAGAGUCUGAUAGCAUGUGGUCAUCAAGCUGUAUCUGACUAAAUGUCAUGCACUGUGCACUAGUGAAGAGAAAGUAUUGCCUCAUCACAGCGCUUGUUAUCAGUUCUCUGAUACGUACUUUGCAAGUUUGGGCUUCGGCCCACAAGUAUAUCGCUGUAGAAUUCAUGUGCAGUACAUGUUAGUGCUAGUCUUUUCGAAACAAAAAUGCGAAGGCAGGGCAUUACAGUCUU